UACAAUCAUUCAGUUAGCACACUCAUUUCGACAUCUCAAACAGAAUACAUUUUAAAGACUAAAUUUAUUGUUUGAAAUCGAAGGACAUAGCUGAAUCGUCCUGGUUAAGAUGUGUACCUGGUUGCGUGGUUCCCUCGUUGAGUUAGGUCGCAGCAAUCGCCACACGGACUGCAGUUUUAUAAUCGAACAGGAGAAUGGUACUAGUAAAUCCUUUCCCUGCCACAAACUGAUAUUUAGCUGCGCCUCCGACGUCUUCGACCGGAUGCUUUAUGGCGACUACAAUGAGUCCACCAGUGGGGUAGUCCGGCUAAACGAUGUAGAUCCGGAGAUAUUCGAGAAGUUCCGUGACUAUGUCUACGGCUAUGAGUACGACAAGCUGCAGAAGUAUGAUUUUGAUACCCUAACUCGACUCAGUGAAUUUGGCAACAAAUAUCUGGUGCAAUCCCUCGAGGAGGACUGUGUGACGGAGCUGAUGAUGCGGAAGGACACCUUUGACAUGGGGGAGUUACUUCGUCUGUUCCAGGUCGCCCAUCGAUUGAAUAGGAAAUCGCUGAUAGACCAGAUGGCCUGGGAGCUGAAGGUCACCUUUAAGAGCACCCUGGACCACUCGGGCGUAUACGAAUUCAACUGGGAGGUCUUCAAGCAUUAUAUCGAAGUGAUUGCUGGCAAAAUAUCCGAAGCGGAUCGUUUUCGAUUGCUGGAAAUGUAUCUCAAAUAUAAUGGCAUCGAGGAAGCUGAAAGCGCAACUCAGGUGGUAAAUGCGGAAGAUUCUGGUACAGCCAAUGAUUUGGAAAACCUAUCAAUGGAGCAACCCUCGACCAGCUGCCUUCCAAUCGGAUGCAGUUCCUCCAUCCUCAACAAGGAGGACAAGAAGCCAAACUAUGUGAACGAUCUGAUUGGCCUAAUUGAGUUUGGUAAAUUCUCGCCCAAAGAGUUUUAUGAGGGUCCCGGAAAGUCCAGAUUUCUUAGCCUGGCUGAGAAGUACGAUCAUAUGUAUCAAAUCGCUCAGAAUUGCGUUUUGGCUCGAGAGGAACACCAACUCAAGGUGGGAUCCCCCUCGGAGCUGACACCUCUUCUCUCCGAAUCCCGACGCGUGGUCACUCUGGGUGGAACCUUGAUCCGCGAGGAACCAACCACAACUUCCCUAACUUCGCACUACGCCCAUUCUCCCCGAUCCAGUCGACGAUAUCGCGCCUGGUCAGCACAUUGUGACAUCUAAUCUUGGAUUUAACAUGUAUAUAUAUAUGGUUUCAUUCCCAAAUACACCUAAUACAGUCAUAA